AUGGGCAGCGCACCACUCUUUCCAGUCGUCGACGAACCCGGUCCGGGUAAGGAACCCUACGUCGAAUGGGCGGAUCACAUGCGCGCAGCCCUUCGCAACCCUUCCCUCGGAUUCACCAGUGUCGAUUUCAACCGUCUGUUUGAACCACGCGUGUUCGUCGCGCACCACGGCGAUAGCACCACUGAUCUCCACGCGUCGACCUACUCGGCGAUGUACCCCAUGCCGCUCAGCCGCCAAGCGGUGGAACAACCAGCGUUUGUCCGGUGGCUCGCCGCACCCAAGAUCUCGGCCAAAGCCUUGCGAAUGUCACGGGCGUCCAAGCGCUUCUUCGUCUACCUCAACAGCAAGCACGCCAUGGACGAGAUCAACCGCGUCUACUUCUUGGGCCGGUUGCACUUCUUGCCCAUAGACCCAAUGCAGCUUGACUGGCGACCGCUGUACCGCCUCUUCUGGGAUCGGAAGGAGCUCAAGAUGCUGCCAGCGGUGGGAACGGCCGCACCGGCGAGUCUCGGCCUGCUCGUUGCACGACACGAAAAGUUCAGCGAUCGGAUGGCGUUUAUUACCCAUGCAGCCGAGGGAUUGGGACACCAAGAACAGAUCGUUUCGCUCUGGUCGCCCGUGCUGCAUGAGAACGGGAGGGACACGGUCGUGUUGUAUGGAUUUGGGUGGUUGGAUCCGGCGAAGAAGGAUGUGGUGCUCGAGUAUCUGAACGACUUGACAGCGUCGAGGGCCGCUUCGACAACGGAAGCCGUACUCGAUCUGGCCGGAAACCUGCGCCGAGGGGUCGCUCGCCGUGCCAUUCCAAGUCGAUGA